CAAAUUCUAAUUUUGGAUCCGCUCCCACAAACUAGGGGAGCGGAUUCACAAACAGCCGCAGGUGGUUCAAGGGCUCCACUCAUUUCUCUCUCUUUUUUCUGGGCUUUCCUUUGGUUGGAUCCGUCAUCCUUUUCUUUUUUCGUUUCUUAUUUCUGUUUUGCCCUUUUUUUUUCCUGUUUCUCUUUUCUUAUCUGCUCAUUCUAUCACUGUCGACUUUUAUUUAAUUGUCCAUCAUCAUUGCCGUUGCUAAAAAAGACUGGGCGAGUGUUUCUCUUUUUUCUUCUUAGUUUUUUUAUUCACCCUUUUCUUUCCCUGUUUAAUUCCUUCGACGGCCCAGUAAAACAACUGUGUGGACGCCCUUUGUGAAAGUCGACCACUUACUGAUAAACGCAAACAACGCAUCAUGCAAGACGACAGUCGCACCGAUCUGAACUGUCUUGUUGGCAUGGGGAAUGAAAUCCCCUCCGAUGAUAGUAUCAGCAACCUUUUGCAGACAAGAUAUAAACGAAAUCAACCAUAUACCCGCGUGGGCCACUCGAAUUUAAUCGUUGUCAAUCCUUAUCAGCCACUGGAAUUGCUGAACGAUGCAACACUCCAGUACUAUGCGAAUAUGGGAUACCGAAAUGUGAUCGAGCAACCAAUGGUUCUCCAGCCGCAUGUUUAUGAAUUGGCCGCGAUGGUGUAUUUUCACAUGCGACGAACCGGUGAAGAUCAAAGUGUCGUGCUAAGUGGUAUCACUGGUUCCGGUAAAAGCACUACGCAUCAGCAUUUGCUCAAUCAGCUUCUAUUGCUGUCCACCCACAGCAAGAAGGAGACCAAAUUGCAACGUCAGAUAAAGAACGCCAAUGUCAUCUUGGAAGCAUUUGGUCAUGCACGCACCGUUCAAAAUACCUCGGCCUCGAAAUUUGGGUUAUUUCAAGAAUUGCAGUUUAGCGAACGAGGUCGUAUCCUGGGAGCUAAAUGGCUUACUUAUGCCUUUGACAAGGCCCGCGUCACGACCCUGGCCAAGGAUGAACGCACGUAUCAUGUAUUCUACUCAUUGCUUGCUGGCACCAACGUCGACGAAAAAACCGCGUUGCAUAUCAAUUACCCACCUGAUCAUUUCAACUAUCUCAGUCAGUCCAAAUAUAUCUUUGGUCCUGACCGGAACGAUCAAUUGACCUUUGAUGACCUCAAGAGUGCACUCAAAGUGUGCGGAUUCAAAGCAAAGACCGUCACGCAAAUCUUUCAGUUGCUCGCUGCCAUUCUUCACUUGGGCAAUCUCCAGUUUGUAGGCAACGAGGUCGGCAACGCUACCCAGGAGGCGUGCACGGUGAAGAACUAUGAACUCUUGGAAUUGGUCUCGGCCAUGCUCGGUGUUUCGCCUCACAAACUCGAAACGUCACUCACGUACAAGUUGAGAUUGAUCCGUAAAGAGCUUUGUACCAUGUUCCUGAACCCUCAGGGUGCCGCCGAACAGCGUGACGCACUGGCACGUUCCUUAUACCACAUUCUUUUUCUCUGGCUGGUGGAAUCCAUCAACGCAAGGAUAUGUCACACAGACAAUGACCCGGCCAAUUUUAUUGGCAUUCUCGAUCAAUUCGGUUUCCAGAAUUUCAAAACCAAUUCCUUUGAAGCCUUCUGUGCCAAUUUUGCCAAUGAACGAGUUCACCAAUUUAUCAUUCAUCAACAAUUCGAUCAUAAUCGGGGCAUGAAUGCGGCCAUGGUGCGUGAUGGCAUCCAACUUCCGAAAAUUACCGGCUAUCAGGAUGCUCCGUGUCUCGAGUUACUCGUGGGAAAAGAGAAAGAGCCCCUGGAAAAGAACGUCAGUCGAUCCGCCGCUCUCGGUUUAGGCGGUAUCAUCGGGGCCAUGGAUCGCGAUUGUGCCAAAUACCAAACAGGAGCGACCGACGCCACCGAUGCCAAUUUCCUCGCCAAUCUGCAACGUCAAUACGGUUCGCAUGCCUCGUUUGCCAAAUCCGGAUUCGCAUACGCAUUUGGUAUCAAUCAUUUUGCAGGCCCCGUUCACUAUACGGUCGAUUCGUUCUUGGAGAAGAAUUUGGAUGAUUUAUCACCGGAUUUUGUCAACCUCAUGCGCGACAGCAGCAACAACAGCUUCCUAUCGUCCUUGUUCCAGAGCAGUGCCAUGGCCACCGAAUCGCAUCCCAAAGAUGAACGUACCAUCGUCAAAGCUCAACUUUCCAGCAAGCCGACGCGCGCGCCUUCCAUGCGACGCAACAACAAACGAUACAAUGCCGCGGAGAAUCAUGCCGCAAACCUUGGAUCUCAAACCCAACUGAGCGACACGGACUCGAGUCGAAAGAACAAACAUCUCAAAGACAUUGAAGACACUUAUCAGAACAUGCAAGUGACGACAGUAAUGGAUCAAUUGUACAUGACCCUUCGCGAUCUAUUUUAUACCAUGUCAGAUACCCACAUAUACAACAUCAUUCAUAUCAGACCCAACGAUACCCAGUCACCGGACGCAUUUGACGUACGACGAGUCAAAGCCCAAGUGGCCGCUUACUGUCUUCCGGACCUUACCUUGCGUUCCCAACAAGAAUAUGCCAAUUACUAUUCCUUCAACGAGUUCCUACUUCGGUACCAGCGCCUGAUUGCUUCGUUGCAAAUGGACGACAACAAGUCCGAACGUGACCAACUCAAAGCGUUGAAGAGUAUCAUGAACUGGUCCGAUCAACAAGCGUACAUUGGCCACCAAAUGGUGUGGCUCGCUUAUGAUACCUGGAAGGAGCUUGAAAACGGUUUGCGAGCAGCAGAGAAACGCGAACGGGAACUGGCCAAGCAAGAAUCGGAACCCAAGCCAGAAAUGGCCGUGCCAAUGGCCGACGAUCCCAAUGCAUUGCACGCUGCUCCUUAUCCCGAUGGUUUUGGUGGUUAUCCCACACCUGCUGGUGGCUAUCUCUAUCCGGCCGAUCAGGCGCCGCCCGGGUUUGCCAUGGGCGACACAGGCCACUCUUCCUUUUACGAUGAUAAUGCCAGUUAUGUCGAAAGUGAUGACGGUAUGAAACGCGAAAUGGACAGCAGUCAGUGGGGCGAUGAAUCUGAAUGGGGCAUGAAAGGUCUUUCCGAAGGAUUCGGACCAAAUAUGGAUAUGAGCAAGAUGGUCGAAGAUUAUCACGUACCGCAACAUGAACAGAUCGAGGAAAUGCCUAUUACCGCUGUGCGUGUGUGGUGGGUUCGUUUUGUGUGGCUCAUGACGUGGUGGAUUCCGUCGCCGUUCCUUCGAUGGUUUGGUAAAAUGAAGCGUGAAGAUGUCCAGAUGGCCUGGCGAGAAAAGGUCACACUCUGCAUCCUGAUCUUUAUCUUUUCGAGUAUUGUCAUCUUUGUUAUUGUCGGUCUGGGCGAACUCAUCUGUCCUGGAACGCGAAACAUGUAUUCGACGGCCAACGUUCAAGCCCACAGUACUCCCGACGACAUGUUCAUGAGCGUCCGUGGUGUGGUAUACGAUGUUACGAAUUUUGCUCGCAGUGGCCAUGGUACGACCGCUUUACCGGCGAACCGCGAUACCAUGGUUGAAUUGGCCGGUCUGGACGUUUCGACUACCAUUCCUCCUCCGUUGACCGUGGCGUGCGCCGGCUUGGUCUCAUCCAAUACCAUUCAUGUGAACCCCAACAUCACCAUUGUCAAGGGCACCUUUAUCCACUACUCGGGCGAUCAGAUCCAGAUUCCGACUUUGCAGAAGAUGAAAGACGAUCUGUGGUAUUGGAAUUAUUUCUUACCGGAAAUGAGCCUGUACAAAAAGGGCAAGGUCGUGAUCCCCAUCAAGCAAUUGAAGGAAGAUUUUGAAGGAUGGGGUCGUUUGGCUCUCGCUAUCAAUGGCAAGGUGUACGAUAUCAAUGACUAUAUGGCGACGGCGAGAACAUUUGACACUGGCUCCACGGCCAGUGAUUAUCACUAUUUGUCAGAAACGGUGGAAGAGAUUUUCAACAAAUUCAGUGGCACCGAUGCCACCGAGAAGUGGAAUCAGUACAAGAGUUCCAUGUCGCCCGAAGUGCAAGCCGCCAACCUGAAUUGCCUCAACAAUUUUUUCUACAUUGGCGAUGUGGAUCAACGCGAGUCUCCCCGCUGUAUAUUUACCAAUUACUUGUUGCUGGCGUUUGCCAUCAUGAUGUGCGCCGUCAUCUUUGUCAAGUUUCUGGCCGCCCUUCAAUUCGGCGGAGCCCCGACCCCGGAAGAUCAUGACAAAUUCGUCAUUUGUCAGGUUCCCUGUUACACGGAAGAUGAAGAAUCGAUCAAGAAGACCAUCGACUCGCUGACGGUGAUGAACUAUGACGAUAAGCGCAAGUUACUGUAUAUUAUUGCGGACGGCAUGAUUAUGGGUAGUGGUAACGAUCGACCCACCCCGCGCAUUGUCUUGGACGUGCUUGGCUAUGACACCAAGAACGAUCCGGAACCGUUGAUGUUCAAAUCAAUUGGUGAAGGGAGCAAACAACUGAAUUACGGCAAAGUGUACUCUGGUCUGUACGAGUGUGAAGGCCACGUGGUUCCCUAUGUUGUGGUGGUCAAAGUCGGCAAAGCCUCUGAACGUGCCAAGCCUGGCAAUCGAGGAAAACGCGAUUCGCAAAUGAUUUGUAUGAAUUUCUUGAGCAAGGUCCACUUUGACGCGGAGAUGACCCCGCUGGAACUGGAGAUGUACCAUCAAAUCAAAAAUGUCAUUGGCGUCAAUCCUUCGUUUUACGAAUAUAUUCUUAUGGUGGACUCGGAUACCGAAGUGUUACCGAACGCCUUGAACCAUAUGAUUUCCUGCAUGCUUCAUGACGGACGGAUCAUUGGUCUUUGUGGAGAAACCAAACUGGUCAAUGAAGAUCGCACUUGGACCACCAUGAUCCAGGUCUACGAGUACUACAUCUCGCAUCACCUCGCCAAAGCGUUCGAAUCCCUGUUUGGAUCCGUCACUUGUUUGCCCGGUUGUUUCUGCAUGUACCGUAUCCGUACGCCAGUGAAGAACGAACCGUUGAUCAUCUCGCCCAAGGUCAUUAGCGAUUAUUCGGAUAACCACGUUGAUACACUGCACAAGAAGAAUCUCCUGCACUUGGGCGAAGAUCGAUACCUUACCACGUUGAUGAUGAAGCAUUUUCCGCAAUACAAGAUGAAGUUCACCGCGCAUGCUCAAUGCAAGACGGUGGCUCCCGAUCGAUGGAAAGUGCUCUUGUCGCAACGUCGUCGAUGGAUCAACUCGACCAUCCACAACUUGUUUGAACUCGUCCUGCUUCCUGACUUGUGCGGUUUCUGCUGCUUAUCGAUGCGAUUCGUGGUCCUCAUUGAUCUUAUCGGUACUUUGACCCUGCCGGUGUCGGUCGUGUACCUUGGUUACUUGAUUUACGUCAUUGCUUCGGGUACGGGACCGAUUCCGAUCUUGGCUCUUUGUAUGUUGGCCGGUAUCUAUGGUUUGCAAGCGAUUUUGUUCAUUCUCAAGCGACAAUGGCAACAUAUCGGUUGGAUGAUCUUUUACAUCCUGGCCAUUCCGGUCUUCUCUUUCUUCCUGCCCAUCUACUCGUUCUGGCAUUUUGAUGACUUUUCAUGGGGUAACACACGUGUGGUUGUGGGCGAUAACAAGCAAAAGAAGAUUAUCAUGGCCGACGACGAGAAAUUCGAUGAAAAGAUGAUCCCGCUGAAGAAAUGGAGCGUGUACGAACAAGAACUGUGGGAAAUGGGUUCGAUGGGAUCUAAAGAGACCGGAGUCACUGGCCACACCUAUCGCAGUUAUCACACUCAGGGCACACGGCUCCAAGGCGGAGGAUCAGCGUUUUUCGAUAAUCGCAGCCAGUACGGUGGAAGUCAAAUUGGCCAAGGGGACUACGAUUACUAUCGCAACGGUAAUAUGACGUCUUCGACAGAGAAGCACCGUAGCACGCCAUCGGGUCACGGUCUUCGCUAUGCUGCUUCAGUGAUCACGCCCGGUUCGGAAUACGGUGGCGAUUACAUGAAUGCAUCGCCUUUACGCGGUUCACGUACCAUGUCGGUGAACAGCUUCAACCAUCCGGAUUACAUUGGUGGCUUCGGACACCCUGUGCCUGGUGGCGGUAUGAUGCCUCCGCACGAUCGAAGCAGCAUGGUAUUUGAUCGCAACAACGCCUCUGCGAAUCGAUCCAUGAUGGCUCCCAUGGCGACCGAGUAUGAAACGUUACCACGACCGAUGAGCCAGUUCUCCAUCCCCGUGUCCCAAGGCGGUCUGCAACCGAUGAUGUCGCCUGGUUUCCCAAGCGAUGAAGAAAUCCUGCUAGAAAUUCGAAACAUCCUUGCUACAGCCAACCUCAUGAGUGUCACCAAGAAACAAGUUCGCGAGCAGCUGACGGCAUUCUUUGGAUUUGACAUGACACCAAAGAAAGAAUACAUUAACACUAGCAUUGAAUACAUUCUACAGGGUCGCCUUUAGUUUUUAUUUGUCCUUAUUUUCCUUUCUGUCAUUAUGUAACACUCAAAUUCCUCAUGCAUAUCGAUUCCUUUUUUUUGUUUUUUGUUUUUGGCACGAUUGACCUUUUUUCUCCAUAUUGCAAGCUUUUCGUUUUUCUUUUCUGUAGUGGGGCCUCAUUCUAUGCGCCCUUUGACAUGUAGAUCCUUGUAGCAAGAUGAGAUUAUCUUCUCAACUUUGUCUCUCUGUCAGUUAUAAAUGUAAAAAAAUUAAAAAUGAAAGAAAUCUUUUUUUUUUCCUUGUGGAAUACUAGA